AUGAAUGGCAUGGUCCAAGCAGCCCUCGGGCGAAUACCCCUGGAGCGAUUAAGCCACUGCAGCUCUUAUCCGGCGAGCUGUCCAGGCCAAUCGAUUGCUUCCUGCAGGGAUCUUUUUGGGUCGAGCUCGGCCUUGUUGCACCGUCUCCUUCACCCAGAGGGGUUGUUGCUCUUUGCUCCUGCAACCCGUUCCGGAGCCAGAGGAUUUCCCCAAUCCGCAGGACUGCCCGGCCAUGUAAAGAUCUCUAGUCGGAUGCCGCGCAAGAAGGCUGCAGACCGCGUGGGUCCGGUCAAGACCCGAAGUCGCAGUGGCUGUAAAGAAUGCCGCGCGAGUCGUGUCCGCUGCGAUCUGAACAAGCCGAUCUGCACCAGGUGCCUCGAGAAGGGCCUAGUAUGCUCAACCCAACUGGUCCUCAAAUGGGAAUCGGAGUUCCUCAGCCGCGGCCUAGCCUUUGGCAGAGCCGGCGUUUGGAGUAAGGCUCGGGCUGCCGGCGGGCCUCCAUCGAAGCCUUCGCCCGCCGCCGCAGCCUCCUUUCUGCUGGACGAUCAGGAAUGGUGUCCGAUUCCACUGGUCGAGUCGUGGGGGUUUGUCAACAGUGGGGUCUCCACCUUCGAACAGCCCUACGAGGUCAACGUCGCCUGUGACGAGUUGAAUGCCCUGGUGGUCCGCGACAAGGGCAAGAGUCCUUGGCAGGAUGAUUUGCUCGAAGUGAAUUCGGAUUGGUCCUUGUCGAUAUUAGACAAUUCGGACUGCUCGCCUGUCUCACUAUCUCCACAGCCGACCCCGCCUUUGUCGAUGUUUCCGUAUCUAUCAGAGUCCAAUCAAGGGCUCCUCUUUGAUUACUAUCUCCAGCAAGUGUGUCCCCGGACCACCGCUAGCUCGAAGCUACUUUCGCCCUUUGCCUCGAUUAUUCUUCCGUUCUGCAUAUCAGCGUCUCCCAUUCUAUUCAAAGCCAUCCAAGCUCUAGGGGCCUGUCACUGGUCGCGGUUCGACUCGUCCUACAGUGUAAUUGGGCUUCGGCUCAAAUCGGAGGCUCUCAGGGGCCUUCGUCACCGCCUUGCCACUGAGGGUUCAGUGGUAUGCUCGGAGGAUCCGGAGGUAUUAGCAAUCAUGAUGAUGUUGUGUCAGUAUGAAAUUGUGGACAACUGUGACCAGCGCUGGACAAUCCACUUGAAAGGCGCUAAAGACUUGAUUCGCCUACGAAGGCAGCAGCAAUUGACGCUCUCUCGGCCUCGCCACGCUCUGGAUCCAGUUUCUGCAUUUGCCGAGCUCUUCUUUGCUUUUCAGGAUGUCAUGGGACGCACCGCCUGUGGUGAGGAGGUGCUAUUUGGCACCGAUUACUGGCAAGAGAACGAACGCCACAUUGACCUCUGGAUGGGGUGUAGCCCAGAACUAGUUUCAAUUCUGUCUUCGAUUACGGAAAUGAGCCGAACGAGGCGACAGCUCUCCUCUGACACUGGUCGCGCAUCGUUUGCUCAACGAGCAGCCUCUCUGGGCCGCAGACUCGAGAAUCUAGUCCAGGAUAUCGAUGACGAUGAGGAUGGGAGUCUUCAGUCUGCUGCCGAGUUGAAACGAUUGGCAGCCGUCUUGUAUCUACAUUGUGCCCUGUAUGGGGCGUCGCCUUCUACGCCGCUAGUUGUUGGCUACGUACGAAGAAUCCUGCGACUUGUGUCGGACAUGCUCGACUCUGGGUCCCUUGUGAGCAUGACAUGGCCGGUUUUCGUGGCCGCGGUGGAGCUUGAUCCCUUGCAUGACGAGGUCUGGUGGGAUUCUAGCGGUGAUAGCGUGGUGUAUGGACGGCCGCUUGUAUUACGCGCGUUGGCGGCCAUGGCCGAGUCCAGCGUGUCGAAUGUGGCUCGGACCAGAGCCGUGAUUGUCAAGGUGUGGCAGGCCCGAGACAGGGACAUGCUGAAGGGCUCACCAGUUGAUACCUCGGAUGAAAUGGUCAGCUGCAAUGACUGGGAGUGGUAUGUUGCGCCGAUUAGCACGGCAAUGAGCCUGGCUUGAAGCCGGUAUAAAUCUGGAAGGUUAUGAUGCUUUUUGGAUGAUUGAACGACAUGCAGGUUUUGUAGGAUAGAUUGCCUUGUGUUCUGGAUUUGUAUAGUCACCUAGAUUGAACAUACUUGACUUCUCCAUAUAAUCAUAAC